CCCGGAGUGGCUCCCCGCCUCUUUUCGAGCCGCAAUCCAUCGCCUUCGGGAAUUUGGGCUCGAGCGCGUUGCGCGCAUGUCUUGGCCAAGGGGGUUAUCGGAUCGACCCUCCGCUUGAACCUAUACAUACGCAGCCUACUUUACAUACGAACAACGUACUGAGCGCAGCAAGCCCGCCAUGGUCAGAAAGGCGCUCGACGUGGACCCGGCCGUCCUCUCUGUCGAGAAAGGCACCUACGGCACCCUCGAGGGGCCCCAGGAGGGCGCCGACCUCAAGCCGCCCGUCCUCCUGGUGCACCUCGCGCUCUGCAGCGGCUACGCGCUCUUCGGCGGCGGCGCCAUCGUGGGCAAGUUCGGGGUGCACGGCUCCAACCCUAUCAUGUUUGAGCUCGCCAGGGAGUCCAUCAGCGUCUGCCUCCUGCUCGCGGCCGUGUGCUUCACGGGGCAGGCCCUGCUGCCGGAGCGCGCGGACGCGCCCAGGAUACUGCUCGGCGGCCUGUCCUUCUUCACGAACCAGAUCGCCUGGUUCGUCGGCCUGAAGCUGGCCGACCCGGUCGCCGGCUCGGCCUGGCAGGCCUUCCUGCCCAUCAUGACCACCGGGCUCUCCAUCGCCAUGGGCCAGGCCAAGAUCGAUGCGCAGCAGGCGCUGGGCAUCAUGGUCGCUGCAGGCGGCGCGAUCCUGAUGGUGGUCCUGGACAGCACGGUGUCGCAGGCCUUCGACGCGGAGACCGACAGCAACUGGGUGGCGAAGUUCGCAAGCCACGUGGUAUUCUGCUUGGGCAUCUUGGGUACGUCGGCCUACUUCCUGGUCAACAACAACCUCGGCAGCAAGUAUUCCGCGUGCGCGACCGUGAUGUGGUCCAACAUGAUUGGCGCCACCCUGCUGCUGCUCACCCAGUGGCUGGCGCUCUCCUGCCCGCCCCUGAUGGGCCUGCUGUGCUACAGCAGCCUGCCGAGCCUCCAGGCCAAGUGCCUCGCCCAGGGCUUCAGCGUCCCCGCGGAGGUCCUCCCACCCCUGAGCUACGAGGUGGUGAUCUGUACCAUCGUCGCGUGGCCGCUGCUGUCGUGGGCCAACCAGAACACGGACCCGUCCGUCACGACCGUGUACAUGGGCAUGCACCCGGUGACGUCCACUUUCAUCUCGGCGGCCCUGGUUUGUGUGUACGGCGUCGAGUGGGGGAGGCGGUUCGACAUGGCCCUGCCUGGUUGCAAGGAUUUCGGGGUGUUGCUUAUCGUCCUUGGUUUGCUGAUCACGUUCCGCAGCGAACAGGCUCUUCGCGCCCAUCACCGAUCACCCCAGGAUGCACACUUCGAGGUAGGUAGUCACUGUGAUGCUCGUUCAAGCACGGCGCCUUUCUCCUCCACUCCACCAUCUUCAGACAAUGGGAGAAGCUGGACACGUUGCAGCACCAGAUCAGUUAGAAGAUCCCUUCUCGCUUAGAGUGUGUUGAGACGUACCCGUCCGACCAUGCCG